UUAUCUAUAAUAACUCCGAAGACUGACGGAAAGGGCCGAGUAGAACUUUGCGAUUGAUGUUUAACUUGCCUGCAGAGUCGUCUGCAAAGUAUACCUACCCCCAACAACAACAACAACAACCACAACAACAUGUCAUUUGACCCUCAAGAUCAUCAGCAUUUACGUUACAAUCCUCUUCGGGACGACUGGGUAUUGGUCUGUCCUCACCGGAUGAAGAGACCUUGGGCAGGUCAUGUUGAAAAACCAGAAGAAGCAGACAUACCAAGGCAUGACUCAAAAAAUCCUCUUUGUCCUGGGAACACAAGGCCUAAUGGGAAGGUGAAUCCUGAUUAUGACAGUACAUUCUUGUUUACGAAUGAUUUCCCAGCUUUACUAGAGGAAGGUCCUGUCCCAGAGAGUAGUGAUGAUCCACUGUUCAGAUGCAGCGAUGCAAAGGGCACUUGCCAGGUGAUGUGCUUCCACCCGUGGUCUGAUAUAACUUUACCAAGAAUGUCAAUACCAGAAAUACGAGUUGUAGUAGACAAAUGGGCUGACAUCAAUGUAGAUCUAGGUCAAAAAUACUCCUGGGUACAGAUUUUUGAGAAUCGGGGGGCAAUAAUGGGUUGCUCCAAUCCACACCCACAUUGUCAGGUAUGGGCAAGCUCAUUCUUACCAAAUGAACCUGCAACAAAAGAUCGUACACAGCUUGACUAUAUAAGCAAGUAUAAGUCUCCUAUGUUGAUAGACUAUGUCAAGAGAGAACUACAGAAAAAGGAGCGUGUGAUUAUAGAGAGUGAACAUUGGGUAUGGUUAGUUCCAUACUGGGCAAUGUGGCCGUACGAGACCAUGCUGGUUCCCAAAUCUCAUGUGCUACGGCUACAGGAUCUCACAGAAUCUCAGAGAAAUGAUCUUGCAGAUAUUAUGAAACGUUUAUUGACCAAAUAUGAUAACUUGUUUGAAGUGUCCUUCCCGUAUUCAAUGGGUUGGCAUGGUGAGUAAAUAUACAUGUAUUGU